AUGGAUGUCCUUUCUGGUGGUUACCGCAUGCUCUUUAUGCCUUAUGGUAAACAGUGGCGUUCCAUCCGAGCCAUUGCCCACCGCUGUCUAAGUGUCAAGGCCGCGGACGUCAUGAAACCGUCGCAGAGUCUUGAAUCUCAUCACUACCUGUACGACAUCCUCAACGACCCGGAGAACUUUCUCGACCAUGUGAAACGAUACACCUCCAGUGUCAUCAUGUACUCGAUCUACGGCCGCCGUGUCCUAAACCUCGACGACCCGGUCUUGAAAGCGAUCUAUCAAGAGACCAGCGUGUUCGGGAAGGUGGUCGGCAGCCGGUUUCUGGUAGAUCAGUAUCCUGUACUGGCAAAACUGCCAAAGUCACUCCAGUGGUGGCGCAGAAAGUACGAACCCUGUCACCAAUUCGAAGCAAAUCUCUGGAUGGGGCUAUGGAAGGAUCUCAAGGACCGGCUUGACGCUGGCGUCCGCACUGGUUGCUUCGCCGAGAAAUUCAUGGAAGAAGACUACCUUGCAAUGGGUAUCUCCGAGCUGCAGGCUGCAUACGUGGCGGGCAGUAUGAUUGAAGCCGGCAGCGACACCACUCAGCUCUCGAUGAACAGUCUCAUCCUAGGUCUAGUGGCAUUCCCAGAGGUGGUGUCGAAAGCACACAAAGAACUUGAUGCUGUUGUGGGCGACAGAAUGCCACAAUUCUCAGACAUUCCGAAUCUGCCAUAUAUUCGAGCGAUGGUCAAGGAAGUCCUUCGAUGGCGGAGUGUCUCGAACGACCAUAUCCGCCAUGAUACCACGGGCGAUGUUGUGUACAAGGACUACUUUAUCCCCGCGGGUUCGACAGUAGUCAUAAAUCAAUGGGCAUUACAUUACGACCCGAAUCUGUUCCCCGACCCGCAGCGGUUCAACCCAGACCGUUAUCUCGACCACCCUUCGAAUGACUUAACCGCCGGUGAAUGCAUACACACCAGCGAUCUUCGUCUUCGAGACCAUUGGUCCUUCGGUGCAGGAAGGCGCGUGUGCGCCGGCUACAAUCUGGCAGAGAAUUCCCUUCUCAUCCUAACCGCGCGACUCCUCUGGGCGUUUGAUGUACGCCCUGCCGUUGACCCGAGCACCGGGCAGGAGGUCAAGUACGAUCUGUGGAAUUAUGCCCCAAUCAGGCUUUUCGGUCCUAGGCCGUUUCCGGUCAGCUUCAAGGUAAGGAGUAACAUGAAGAAGGAGAUGAUUUUAAAGGCCCAAGUGUUAUAG